AUGGAUGAUUCCUUCGGUUUCUCAACUGUACCACCGGCGCCCAACCUUUCCGCAUUCCACUCUUUGAGCUGGAGUCUCAACCUGACUUCUGGGCACGGAGCUCCCGCUCCCGGGGCGCAGCCACUCGGGCUAACCAGAAGUCAAGUCCGCUUGGUUUUCCUCGGGGUCGUCCUAGUGGUGGCGGUAGUCGGCAACGCCAUGGUGCUGUGCCGCUUGUGCGGCGGCGCUGGGUCCUGGGCUGGGCCCAAGCGUCGCAAAAUGGAUUUCCUGCUGGUGCAGCUGGCCCUGGCCGACCUGUACGCGUGCGGAGGCAGCGCGCUUUCGCAGCUGGUGUGGGAACUGCUGGGCGCGCCCGGCCCGGCCUCGGGCGACUUGGCGUGCCGCUCUGAGCAGCUGCUGCAGGCGUCCGGCCGCGGGGCCUCCGCCCACCUAGUGGCGCUCAUCGCCCUCGAGCCGCCGGGGCCGCACCAGCCGCCCGCUACCCCUGCGGUCCGAGCCGGGGCUGGGGGACGUCGCUGCCGCAGCAUCUUUGCGCCCUCACCGCGCUGGCACCUGCAGAUCUACACGCUCUACGAGGUCUUUGCGGGCUUCGUGGCGCCCGUCGCGGUCAUGAGCGUGGCCUGCAGCCGCCUGCUCUGCGCCUGGUGGCAGCGCCGGCCCCGCGCUCCGGCCGCCGCAGCACCCUGGUCCGAGAGCCCCGGCCGUGCCCCGGCGCCCAACGCACUGCCCCGCGCCAAAGUGCAGAGCCUGAAGAUGAGCCUGGUGCUGGCGCUGCUGUUCGUGGGCUGCGAGCUGCCCUCCUUCGCCGCCCAGCUGGCAGCUGCGUGGUCGCGGCGGCCCACGGGAGACGCGGAAGGCGAGGAGGGCCUGCGGGCUGUGCUGCACGUCCUUGAAGUCGCCAACCACGCGCUCAAUCCCUUCGUCUACUUCUUCUUCCAGACUCGCCACUGCCGGGUCUGGAGGAAACGCCUAGUCGCCGUCUGUUGCGCGCGGAAAGGAGUCUCAGAGGACGACGAAGAGGACAUCCGUAGCCACCAGGCGCUCCACCGUCACCGCUGGCCUCAUCCCCACUAUCACCAUGCUCGGCGGGAGCAGCUGGAAGAGGGCUGCAUGCGCCCACCUCCGCCGCGACCCCGGCCCCCGCCCUGCUCCUGUGAAAGCGUCUUCUAG